AUGAUGGCAACCUCUAGAGCCAGAACCGUCACCUUUCUUGCGAUUACCACUGCAGCGGUGUUUUUUACAAAUGGAUGUGAAGGUUUCUCACCGGAAGGGAUCAUUUGUUCAUCGUCAGCAUCCCCCAGCACAAGAAUGAUAACAAGAACUUCGUCCUAUUCAGCACUGAACCAUGUCACUAUUUACCAUCAACAGAGGAACAAGCAAAGUAAAACUCUAAAAUUGUCGAUAGAUGACGUGGAUGCCGGAUUCAUCGGCGGCUCCGUAUUGUGGGCUAUGAAUGGAUAUCUAGGAAUUGAUUGGCUUUUGGCACCCAUUGGAGUUGGAUUGGACAGUGACUUUAAUCCAGCCACCAGAGCUACUACCUUUUUUGGCAAGAUUUCCAGUGGUGCUCCACUAGAUGAAGCUAUGAAGGAAAGUCAGGUCGUCCAAGAUGGAGAACGCCCCGAAAUGGGAAGUCGAGUUGGGACUGGUGCCAACGUCGGGUAUACUGUCGAGGGUUUGGCGAAGAUGGGUGGUGAUGAUUGGCUGGCCCAGCGCGAUGCUGGACUAUCCGCUUCAGCGCCACCCCCACUCCAAUUGGCAGUAACCCUACUGUUUGUGGUCUUGGGAGUAGCAUUGCAAUCCGUUACUCAUUCCACAACGACGGCUGGCGUUUUGGUGAUUCCUGCAAUGAUUUACGAGAUUGGUCGUCCUUCCUUGCCAACAAGGGAAGAAGCACUUUUGGACGUCAAGAUUGACAAUGCCGUCGAAUCCUUUGUGGAGUCAUCCGUGUUGUUGUACGGUCAGGAACCUCCUCAAGGUGUCGCAGCAGUCAAACAGAGCGAGGCAACGAAUGAACGAGAACUGGUGACAGCUUUUCGCCGCAAGAUGCAAGAAAAGGUAGGUGACAUAGGAGAUAGCAUCAGCAAUGCAGAUGUUUCGGACUUUCAGAUUGAAAUGCGCAUGAGAUCCUACGGAAGCGGGCGAAGUACUGGAGGAUUCAUAAAGGGAAUCCGACUACGACUGUGA